AUGGAUCACGUUAAAAACAGUCUUAUUGGAUUAGUUGCUGGAAUUAAUGGCGGAUUCGCUACUGUAUAUGUUGGACAGCCGUUGGAUACAAUCAAGGUGAAGAUGCAAACAUUCCCAGAAGUUUACCCAUCGGCAUGGAAAUGCUUUAAGGUUACACUUACAAGAGACGGCAUCACUCGUGGGAUUUACGCAGGGACUGUGCCGUCACUAUUUGCAAAUGUUGCUGAGAAUUCAGUUUUGUUUUGUGCACUCCCUCCUUCUGAGUACAUGGUAGCGAAACUUUGCAGUGUAGACGCUGAGCACCUAUCAGUGCUACAACAUGCCUUUUCAGGUAGUUUAGCUGCGUUCUGGUCAAGCUUAACUCUAUGUCCAACCGAAUUAGUAAAGUGUAAAGUUCAGUCAUUGAGGGAAAUGACUGAUCUUGGUCAUUUGAAGAACCAUGCUAAGCAUAUUGGCCCAUGGGAAGUGACAAAGUCAAUCUACAAAGAGAAAGGUCUCAAAGGAUUUACAUGUGGCUUAAGUGCUACAUUCGCUCGAGAAAUGCCCGGUUAUUUCUUCUUUUUCGGUGGUUGUGAAGCUUGUCGAACUUUGUUGACUCCAGUCGACGGGCGUAAAGAAGAUUUAGGCCCAAUCAAAACAGUUAUUGCGGGUGGAGCUGGUGGGGUUUCUCUAUGGGUGGCAAUAUUUCCAUUUGAUGUUGUCAAAUCUCGUAUGCAAAUCGGAUACCAUACUGCUGCAUCAACAGCUCAUCUAAAUCAAGUCAGUAAACAAAGCAUGCUAUCUGUCCUGUUAGAUAUUAAGAAAAAUGAAGGUGUUUCCGCGCUGUAUCGUGGCCUUGGUCCAACAGUCUUGCGAACGUUUCCAGCAACUGGAGCUCUAUUCCUAGCUGUCGAGUGGACCCUUCGUUAUCUACUGACCUUUAUGCCAGUCCCACCAGUUAGCUUAUUGUGCAUUUCUGACAAAAAGAAUUGUGUUAAACCUGAAUCUAUUUUAAUUGUUGUUGGUGUGUACAAAAGACUACAGAUGUAG